UGGGGACCAUGAGAUCCAGACCAAAAGCUCAGAGGCCAGAGCAGCAGCACACACCAGACUCUGCUGGACCUGGACCUGAGCCCAGCUGUGUGUCCAUGAAGAGUGACAGGUCAAAGCAUCGCCUCAUUGAUUUUAAAGGACAGCCUCCGUCUGCUGCAAAGAAGAUCCAUCAGAGACCAGACUUCCCUGGACCUGAGCCCAGUUGUGUGUCCAUGAAGAGUGACAGUUCAAAGGGUCGCCUCAUUGAUUUCAAAGGACAGCCUCCCUCUGCAGCAAAGAAAGUGGACCAGGAGAGCUCAGAGGUUCGCAGUGGUCAGUCUGCCCAGCAGCAUCAAACACACCUGGACUCCAUAUUUAUGCUGCUGGAGGAGAACAUUGUCACUUUUGUGAAGAAGGAGCUGAAGAAGGUCCAGAAGGUUGUGAGUCCAGAUUACCCAGAAUGCUCAGAGAGUCAGAGGGAGGAUGAGGAGGUGUUGGAUGGUGAGGAUGAAGAGCAGAAGAGGAGCAGCAGAGAGGCUUUUGUGAAGAUCACAGUGAACUUCCUGAGGAGAAUGAAGCAGGAGGAGCUGGCUGACUGUCUGCACAGCAGACAUGUUGCUGCAGUUUGUCAACGUAAACUUAAAUCUACUCUGAAGAAGAAGUUCCAGUGUGUGUUUGAGGGGAUCUCUAAAGCAGGAAACCCAACCCUUCUGAAUCAGAUCUACACAGAGCUCUACAUCACAGAGGGACGGACUGGAGAGGUCAAUGAUGAACAUGAGGUCAGACAGAUUGAAACUGCAUCCAGGAAACUAGCCAGACCAGAAACAAGCAUCAGGCAAGAAGACAUAUUUAAAGCCUCACCUGGAAGAGAUGGACCAAUCAGAACAGUGAUGACAAAGGGAGUGGCUGGCAUUGGGAAAACAGUCUUAACACAGAAGUUGACUCUGGACUGGGCUGAAGACAAAACCAACCAGGACAUACACUUCACAUUUCCAUUCACGUUCAGAGAGCUGAAUGUGCUGAAAGAGAAAAAGUUCAGCUUGGUGGAACUUGUUCAUCAGUUUUUUACUGAAAGCAAAGAAGCAGGACUCUGCAGGUUUGAAGAGGUCCAGGUUCUGUUCAUCUUUGACGGUCUGGAUGAGUGUCGACUUCCUCUGGACUUCCACAACACUGAGAUCCUGACUGAUGUUACAGAGUCCACCUCAGUGGAUGUGCUGCUGACAAACCUCAUCAGGGGGAAACUGCUUCCCUCUGCUCGCCUCUGGAUAACCACACGACCUGCAGCAGCCAAUCAGAUCCCUCCUGAGUGUGUUGACAUGGUGACAGAGGUCCGAGGGUUCACUGACCCACAGAAGGAGGAGUACUUCAGGAAGAGGUUCAGAGAGGAGGAGCAGGUCAGAAGGAUCAUCUCCCACAUCAAGACUUCACGAAGCCUCCACAUCAUGUGCCACAUCCCGGUCUUCUGCUGGAUCACUGCUACAGUUCUGGAGGAUGUGUUGAAAACCAGAGAGGGAGGAGGGCUGCCCAAGACCCUGACUGAGAUGUACAUCCACUUCCUGGUGGCUCAGUCCAAACUGAAGAACGUUAAGUAUGAUGGAGGAGCUGAGACAGAUCCACACUGGAGUCCAGAGACCAGGAAGAUGAUUGAGUCUCUGGGAAAACUGGCUUUUGAGCAGCUGCAGAAAGGAAACCUGAUCUUCUAUGAAUCAGACCUGACAGAGUGUGGCAUCGAUAUCAGAGCAGCCUCAGUGUACUCAGGAGUGUUCACACAGGUCUUUAAGGAGGAGAGAGGACUGUACCAGGACAAGGUGUUCUGCUUCGUCCAUCUGAGUCUUCAGGAGUUUCUGGCUGCUCUUCAUGUCCAUCUGACCUUCAUCAACUCUGGAGUCAAUUUGCUGUCAGAAGAACAAUCAACCUCCAACAGGUCUAAACUGUUCAGAGACAAAUCUGAUCCAACGCAGCUCUACGAGAGGGCUGUGGACAUGGCCUUACAGAGUCAAAAUGGACACCUGGACUUGUUCCUCCGCUUCCUCCUGGGUCUUUCCCUGCAGACCAAUCAGACUCUCCUACGAGGUCUGCUGACACAGACAGGAAGUGGCUCACAGACCAAUCAGCAAACAGUCCAGUACAUCAAGAAGAAGAUUGAAGAGACUCCCUCUGCAGAGCAAAGCAUCAACCUGUUCCACUGUCUGAAUGAACUGAAUGAUCGUUCUCUAGUGGAGCAGAUCCAACAGUCCCUGAGUUCAGGACGUCUCUCCACAGAUAAACUGUCUCCUGCUCAAUGGUCAGCUCUGGUCUUCAUCUUACUGUCAUCAGAGAAAGAUCUGGACGUGUUUGACCUGAAGAAAUACUCUGCUUCAGAGGAGGCUCUUCUGAAGCUGCUGCCAGUUGUCAAAGCCUCUAAAGAAGCUCUACUGAGCAGCUGUAACCUCUCAGAGAGAAGCUGUGAAGCUCUGUCCUCAGUUCUCAGCUCCCAGUCCUCUAGUCUGAGACACCUGGACAUGAGUAACAAUGACCCGCAGGAUUCAGGAGUGAAGCUUCUGUCUGCUGGACUGAAGAGUCCACACUGUACACUGGAGACUCUAAGACUGAGCAACUGUAACCUCUCAGAGAGAAGCUGUGAAGCUCUGUCCUCAGUUCUCAGCGCCCAGUCCUCUAGUCUAAGAGACCUGGACCUGAGUAACAACGACUUGCAGGAUUCAGGGGUGAAGCUUCUGUCUGCUGGACUGGAGAGUCCACACUGUACCCUGGAGACUCUCAGGCUGUCAGGAUGUCUGAUAACAGAGGUAGGCUGUGCUUCUCUGGCCUCAGCUCUGAGCUCCAACCCCUCCCAUCUGAGAGAGCUGGACCUGAGCUACAAUCAUCCAGGAGACUCAGGAGCGAAGCUGCUGUCUGCUGGACUGAAGGAUCCACACUGGAGUCUGGACACCCUCAGGGUGGAGCCUGGUGGAAUUCGAUGGUUGAGAUCAGGUCUGAGGAAGUAUUUCUGUGAACUCACCAUCGACACAAAUACAGUAAACAGAAAGAUCAAACUGUCUGACAACAACAGGAAGGUAACACGUGUGAAGGAGGAUCAGUCAUAUCCUGAUCAUCCAGACAGAUUUGACCAGUGUCCUCAGCUGCUGUGUAGUAAUGGUCUGACUGGCCGCUGUUACUGGGAGGUCGAGUGGAGAGGAAUGAUUGAUAUAUCAGUGAGUUACAGAGGAAUCAGAAGGAAAGGAAACAGAGAAAACUGUUUGUUUGGAGAGUAUCAGUCCUGGAGUCUCAGCUGCUCUGAUCUUGGUUACUCUGUUUGGCACAAUAACAGAAAGACAUCUGUCUCCUCCUCCUCUUCAUCAUCUUCCUCUGUCUCUCACAGAGUAGCAGUGUAUGUGGACUGUCCUGCUGGCUCUCUGUCCUUCUACAGAGUCUCCUCUGACUCACUGAUCCACCUCUACACCUUCAACACUACAUUCACUGAACUUCUGUAUCCUGGGUUUGGGUUUGAACUCUGGUGGUUUGGUUCCUCAGUGUCUCUGUGUAGAGUGUAGCAGAGAGAGUCUCCUCCUUAGAGAAACUCUCUCAGUGUUGAACAGAUAGCUCAGUCUGUACAUACCUUUAGUGAAUUAUAAGUACUAAAUGUACACAUGCAGUUGUUGUACAGACAAGGUAAGGGUGAAACUGUGGAAUACUGGCCAUGGUAAAGUUUGUAAUGUCAACAACUGUAUUUUUAGGGCACUAGAAAACCCACAAUUUACAUUUCCACAUGGUAAAAUUAUAUCGAACAGCAAAUACAAAUGGAAGCUUGUCAAACUAUAGCCAAUAAACGAGUAAAAAUGAUCAAUGGCUUUUCAAUGCUACUUAUCCCUUUCACAAAUGAAGAAGUGCCCUUUAAACUAAUGCCACAGCAUGGCUAACAUUAUUGAAAGCGCCAAAUCGCGCUAACUUUUCUUAAAAUGGCGUUUAGGCGGGUCGCUCACAUGCGCAUUCAAAUGUGGAGGAUCUGUUAAUUUACCCAAAAGUAGCUAACUAAACAUGUUAGCUUAACACGUGUGGGGCGUUUACCUCGCGUAACAAACUAAUACAACACUACGCUCAGCAGCCAACUUCACAGCGCCUAUUAUUUAACUGUACCAGUCAUUUUUUACCACUUCUAGCUAGCGAGCAUGGCUAACGUUUGCAUGGGUCGAUACAAGUUCGUAUGUCUCCGCAUUUAUAGGGUAAAAUGUCAUGGAAAAUAAUUACUUCACAGUGUCUAUUAUUUAACUGAGUCGUUUUUUACCACUACUGGCUAGCAAGCGUGGCUAACAUUUGCACGGGUCGGUACAAGUUCGUAUGUCUCCGCGUUUAUAGGGUAAAAUGUCAUGGAAAACAAUUACUUAUGCACAGUAAUAAUCAGUGUUGGGACUAACACGUUACAAAAGUAAUUAACUAGUGUAAUGCAUUGCUUUUUGC